AUGGGGAAAAAUAGUAAACGUAAAAUUCAGCUAAAAGAAUUAGUGAUUAAAAAAAGAACCAGCUCCAGUUAUUCGGAGAAAGAAACAGAUUCAUCCAGCGAAGAAGAAGACUUGAUGUUUCAACAACCAGGUGGGAUCGAUUUCACUUCAAAAGAUAUGUUGGACAAAAUGAACGAGAUUAUGGCAUUUUUAAAACAAGGGAGUAGUACGAAAUGUUUGAGUGUUUUACUUUAUAUGGCAUUGAGACAUUUCAACGUAACCUACCGUGAUGUUGAUGCUUUUCUAAGCGAAAUUGGUUGUUGCAGAGCUGAUGCAUGUCACAAGCAAGCAGACAGAUUUCUUCACUACGGAUUUGAAAGAUUUGUUAUUGAAACGAGAGGAGGCAAACGCGGAGAUGCCUUUUGGGAUGUGUUUCCGGAAAUUGAGGAAGAAACUCGGAAUUUUGCUAUUGAAGCUUGUACAAGGAAGGCAGCAUCGUUUACGGUUGAAGAGUUAGCGCAGUUUAUUGAUCUAAGGCAUAGUGAAAUUACUGGUUUCCAAAAGAGUGAUGCGGGAUUCAUCCGAUCUGUUCAAAACCGUAUUGGUUAG